AUGUUGAAGGAGACAGAUGAAUACAAGAAAGCACAAGAAGGAGAGUGGGAGUCCAGGCAACAGCAAAAGCGGGAACGUAAGAGAAGAAAGUUAGCAAACACGCGAAAGUUGGAGAUGGAAAGAAGGCAAAAGGAGAGGGUAGAGGAAGUGAGAGAGACACAGAAGGAGGAUGAGGAAAUCAUGAACAUGAAGGAACAAAUCCGUGCAGAAAUAACCAAAUUGCUUCAACUCAAAUCAUAUAACAUAACAUGGCGUCGUUGCUUAGAGGCUUAG